AUGCUUCACUUUAUGCUCCACGUGUCGGCUUUAUCAAUUUUUCGCGGAGCUGGCCGAGAUGAGUCGAUCAAAUCCGUGAAGCUGGCCACCAACACCACCGAUGCUGCCGGUGCCAGCACUUCAGCAGAUGCCGCGCGUGGCGUGCUGUCGCGCGCUGAAGUGCUGGAGUUUGUGAAGGAGCUCAAACGAGAUCCACCAGAUGAAGAGGCUGUGGCGCGCCAAAGUGUGCGCCUGAACAAUGCUUCACCAGACCUGCAGCGCAACCUGAUCGACGGCGACAUUGUGGAGCGAUUGGAGCUGCUGGGGGCGGUGGCGAAUUUAGGCACCAUCCCCGGGCGACCCUACGCCUACGCCAUUCACAUGGUGGUCUUUUUGGAGGAAUAUUCCAAAAUCAUCGAGACUUUAAGAGAUGGAGAGACCAUCUCAGACCGAGCCCAUGAGCUCCGAGAGGUCCUACUGUGCUUCCAUCGCACGGGCUUAUCGCCCGAUCGCUUGAAACUGAUCUACUCCCAUAUCGAACGCGAUUUUCCGCAGUUCGAGGCAGCUGGAGCUUUGCUUCCCAUGCCUGAUGCUGUGAGCCUUUGCCACACGAUGCUGGCUACAGGACUCAGUUCCCCAGGGGCCGUUGCUGUGCUGCUGCGGAGCGCGCUGCGGGAGCCCUUGAUCCACGUGCAGGACGACUCGCAGGAGCUUCGACUGCUGAAAGCCAUUGAGAUGUUGAUUCGUGUGGAUUUCCUCUACACCCAGGAGCAGCUCCCUCCGGAGGUCACCGAAUAUUUGGCGCUGAUCCGCGAUCUGCGCUUCUACGACCGCGAGCUUCGUCGUGACACCACGCUCUCCUACCAGUUGGCAUUUUUUCUGCGGAAGCACGGUUUUCCGGCAAAACGAAAAAUGCUGGGCCCCUAUGCGUUGAAGGUUUGCGACCCAGAGGAGAGGAUCAACUUCGAACCGGUGGAGGAGCGAUCCUGGCGCUUCGGAAUGGUUGAAGUCCCCGUGGCUCGCAAGAAGCGGCACUUGGAGGCCCUUGGUUGGCGGAGCAUCGAAGUCCAAGCGACUGCGUGGAAAGGCCUGGACUAUGAUGCGAAGGCUCUGUACAUCCGAAAGCUGUUGAAGGAGAACGAGCUGCUCACGAUGUGA